AUGUCUAAGCUCUUUAUUGGUGGCCUCGCAUGGCACACAGAAGAAGCCACACUGAGAAUGAAAUUUGAGGAGUUCGGGGUGGUGGAAGAAGCAGUCGUUGUGAAAGACCGGGACACUGGCCGCAGCAGAGGUUUUGGUUUUGUGCGAUACACGAACGGGGAAGACGCCCAGAAGGCGAUCUCUGCCAUGAACAAUACCGAAUUCGAUGGACGGCAGAUCCGUGUCGACAAAGCCUCGGACACGGGUCCUAAGGGUGGCGGCCGAGGAGCUGCGCUUAACGGUUAUGGUAGAGGCGGCUUUGGCCCCGUCCCGAUGGCCGGCGGACCCGUACCGGGAAUCGCAUACGGCACCCAGCAGCCAUAUGGAAUGCCGCCAAAUCUCUACGCCCAACCGUAUGGGCGUGGAUAUGCUCAGGCGCCGGCGUCGGCGCCGGCCGGAUAUGUCGUUCCUCCGCAGGGAUGGGUACCGCAGCCAUACGGGUAUCCUGACCCUACACAACAGGGGCAACCCCUUCAGCCACCGAACCAACCCGCAGGCCCUGGGCAAGGCGGCUAUUAG